UUAUAUUUAAAUAAAUAAUUUGAUUUUGUAUAAGUUUAAAUUAGGAAGAAGAGAUUGAUAUUAGAAGUUAAAGAAUUGUGGUUAUAAAUUUUGAGUUUUGAUAUGUUAUGAAUAUAUGAAGUAGAAUAUAAGAAAGAUGGGGUUUAAGGUUUGGGGUUUAGAGUUUAGAGGUUUAGAAAAUAACCUCGUUAAUAACUCGUAACUUACGAAGCAUUUACGAGGAACAGAAAGACGGGCCUCGAAAUUUCAUCGUUUUAUUUGGGAGGGGCCUCGCAAUUUCCUCGUAAUGUUACGAGGGUUUUACGAGUAACAAAAAGACGGGCCUCGCUAAUUUAUCGUUUAGUUUGGGACGGGCCUCGCAAUUUCCUCGUAAUCUUACGAGGUUUUUACGAGAAAGAGGAACACGGGCCUCUUUAAUUCCUCGUAAACUUACGAGGAAAUUGCGAGACCUCCGUAACUUAUAUAUACAACCUCACAAACCUCACACUGUCCAUUCCUCCCAACUUCCUCUCCACUUCCUCCCCAUUUCGUCUCUAACUCCUUUCCCAUUCCUCUCUCCUCCGAAAAUGGUUCGCCAGCGCAUGCUUACUGCUCACUACAGGGAGAUAUUCGGUGAGCCUGGUAGUCAGUUAGACCCGCCAGGUUCUUCUUCAGGUGCCGGCGGUUCAGGUUCUUCGGAUCAGGAGUCUGUUCCCGAGACUCAGCAUUUCUUCCCUCCGAUUCCUCCUCCGAUGGCUCAGCCUCAGCCGAUGGCUCAGCCGAUGGCUCAGCCGAUGGCUCAGCCGAUGGCUCAGCCGAUGGCUCCUCCGGUGCCUCCUCCGAUGGCUCCUCCUGAGAUCCCCGCCGCUGUUCAUCCCGAUCUCAUGGUGCCACCUACUGUUCCCUUCUCGCAGUACACUGUCGAGGAUAUUCUUGGUAUGCCAGGCAGAGCUGGUUUACCAAUCAUAGACCCCGACAGACCCGACGGGACUUUAUGGUUUGGGGUUGACAAUUCCCUUGCGACAGAUGUAACCGAGACGAUUAAAGGUUACUUCUCCAUGGCGCAUCCAAACUGGAAAUUGACGCCGAUCUACAUCCGAAAGACGUGGUUCAAGAUUUACGCUCAAAAGUAUCAUUGGUCCAUCGGGGUCAGUGAGAGAGUGAGGAAGGCGUUUUACGAAAAGGCGCAAGUUCGCUUGUCGGACACGGUUUGCAACUGGAAGGGUGCCUGGAUCGUCAAGGGGUACACCCGUGGCAAACCCGCUGAGCUUACCACGGAUGUUUGGGACGGCCUCAUCCGUUACUGGAAGGAUCCUAACUCCAUUAGGAUCGCAAACAUUUGUGCUGCCGCCCGUAACACGGUAGACGAGCACGGUAACGGCCCGAUGCUACACUCUACGGGCCAAAAACCACAUGCCGGUGUCCGUUUGAAAAUGGCCAAAGAGUUGGGACGUCUCCCGACUCUUCCGGAACUUUACGAGCGGACCCACAAAAACAAGGCGGGCCAGUUUUUAGAUGGCAAGUCCGAGCAAAUCUACAACAACGUAAUUGCUCGGGUUGAGGAGCGCCAGACUCAGCUGACCCAGCAGUCCGGCGACGGAUUACCAGUUACCUUAUCCACAACUGAAGUGGAUAAGAUUUACGAGGAGGUUGUCCCUAAGAAAAAGGGACGUACGUUGGGGAUCGGUUCCGUCAAUGAUGUCCCGAGAGCGACAUCAUCUUAUGCUCAGAGACAGACCGAAGAAGUCACUCAGUUGCGUUCCGAGCUGGGCGCGACCAAAAGCCGUGUGAGUGGACUCGAAGCCUUCAUCGACGUUAUAGCGUCCACAAAUCCGGAAUGGGAAGCUUUGUUGAGGAACAUGAAACAACAAAAUCCCAUUCCAGGCGAGUCAUCGGGCACACAUAACGAGGAGGAUGUUACGAGGAGGAGCGAGGAAUUCUACGAGGCGAUGAACGAGCCUUAGUUUUUUUAGUUUUUUUUCGGUUUAUGUAUUAUAAAAUCCAAAACUUAAUUAUAUAUAAAAUAUUUUGUUGCUUGUGAA